AUGGUUCGAUUAUUACUUCGACCAGGAACUAGCCUUAUCAGCAAUUUUUCAUUUAAAAAAUACGCGCAUUUAUUAUUAAAUGAAGAGGAAGAAGGAAAUGAACAAAAAAUUAAAGAAACAUUUUUGCCUUUAAUUAAUAAUGGAAAUAAAUUUAAAAAAGAGGAGGAAGGUGAAGAGGAAUUUAAUAAUGAAUUUUUUGAAGAAGAAAAUAAAUAUUGGUUUUGAAUUAAUAUAUUUAAAUAUUUUAUUAUC